AAUCUGAUUUGAUCAUUUCUAGGCUUUGAAGCUGUCUCAAGAUUGUUUAAAUUAAAUAUGUUCAGAAGAAGGAAUGCUCACCAACUCGAGGAUGAUUCUCACAAAGAUAACAAGGUUAGAGAAUUGAAAUCCGCGAUAGGACCACUAUCGGGACAUAGUUUAGUUUUCUGCUCUGAUCCUUCCUUGAGGAGAUAUUUAGAUGCUCGUAAUUGGAAUGUUGAAAAAGCCAAGAAAAUGAUUGAAGAGACUCUUAAAUGGAGAUCAACCUAUAAACCUCAAGAGAUCCGUUGGAAUCAAGUAGAACAUGAAGGUGAGACUGGAAAAAUUUCAAGAGCUAGUUUUCAUGAUCGACAAGGUAGAGUAGUGCUUAUAAUGAGACCCGCAUUGCAGAAUUCAACUUCAUCAGAAGGUAAUAUUAAGCAUUUGGUCUAUCUUCUUGAAAAUGCAAUCCUAAAUCUUCCCAAGGGACAAGAACAAAUGUCUUGGCUCAUUGAUUUCACUGGUUGGUCUAUGGCUGCUAAUGUUCCUAUGAAAACAACACGCGAAAUCAUCCACAUUCUACAGAAUCAUUACCCUGAGAGACUCGGUAUCGCCUUUCUCUACAAUCCACCAAGAAUCUUCCAAGCAGUCUACAGGGCUGCUAAGUACUUCUUGGACCCAUGUACAGCUGAAAAGGUGAAAUUUGUGUACCCAAAAGACAAAGCAAGUGAUGAACUGAUGACAUCACACUUUGAUAUUGAGAAUCUCCCCAAGGAAUUUGGAGGUGAAGCAACACUAGAGUAUGAUCAUGAGGAUUUCUCACGACAAAUGUGUGAAGACGAUGUCAAAACCGCAAAAUACUGGGGAUUGGAGGAGAAUCACUAUCCGAAACCAAACGGUUUCUCUGCAUCCGAUGUUGUUCCUGAGCCGGCAACUUCUAUUGCAUCAGCCGCUAGCUGAGAGUUGAAGACAUUUAUUAUAUACACAUAAACAAGAAGAGAAGAAGAAUAAAGUUUAUUCUCAUUGAUAGAAGAAAGAGCCAUUAGCAUGUGCUGGUUAACUUGGAGAUUAAUAAAGUUCUAAGUCUUAG